CAGGGACCUUGAUGUGCAAAAUAGCUGAAAGCUACCCUCAGGAUGAGAGCAAGGCAGCUGGUCUGUGGAAUUUGGAGUCUGUGUUUCCUGUUCUGUCUUUUCUGCAUUUUUCUUCACCAAACAACAGCUAAAAGAAAACUGAAGUUUGUGUCCCUAGUAUUUCGCCAUGGUGAUCAUACCCCACAGGAGUUUUUCCCAACUGAUAAGCACAAAGAAAUUGCAAGACAACAGGGAUAUGGCCAACUUACCAAGCUUGGCAUACAACAACAGUAUGAGCUUGGCCAGUACAUGCGGAGGAGAUACUCUCAUUUCCUGAGCGUUGUAUACAAGCAGUGUGAGAUUUAUGUUCAAAGCACUGACUGUGAUCACACACUUAUGAGUGCUCAGGCAAGUCUUGCCGGACUGUACCCACCAACACAGGACCAGAUUUGGAACCCCAGAAUCCUUUGGCAGCCAAUUCCAGUUCACACAAUGCCACUGUCACAGGAUAAUUUGCUAUACCUACCUCUCUCACACUGCCCAAAAUACAAGGAGCUUCUGAGAGAAACCUUUGCAACAAGGGAUUUCCAAAGGCAAUUCAAGCACUACAAGCAAUUUCUGAAGUUUUUAGCCACUCAUACAGGAUAUCCAUUGAAGAAGUUGACUAGUGAAAGGAUUUGGAAGCUCUCUGACACUUUACAAUAUGAGGAUAUUAACAAUUACACUUUACCUGUUUGGGCUACUCAUGGUGUCAGGACCAAGCUGAUAAAGCUGUCAGAAUUGUUAUUGCAAGCAGAAUUUGGGGUCCACAAAAAAAUACAAAAAUCACGUUUGCAGGGAGGUAUUCUUUUAAAAACUAUUCUAAAGCAUAUCUUAGAUGCUAGAAAGCCUUCAUACCACCAAAAAAUGGUUAUGUAUUCCACGCAUGCAGCCACCAUUGCUGCCUUACAGAUGGCACUCAAUGUCUUCAAUGGAAAAUUGCCUCCUCACACUGCUUGCCAUUUUUUUGAACUUUACCAGGAAAAAAAUGGGCAAUACACCAUAGAAAUGUACUACCGGAACAAUUCCUUGAGGGAGCCUCACCCCCUCACUCUCCCUGGCUGCAAAUUUCGCUGUCCCCUAGAGAGAUUUACUCAUCUGGUCUCUCCCAUCCUCCUACCCUAUUGGACAAGAGAAUGUAGGAUGUAGGACAUCAAAAGAGGUGUUCCCUCCACUAUCUUCAGAGUGCUUCACUUUAUGAAAGAACUCUUCCCACACUGUGAUAUGACUGUGGUCCAACAUUUCUCUUUAAAUUCCAUCAGCAUGACCAACUGAGUCUCCUGAUCUCUACCAAAAGAAAACAUUCCUUAAUGCUACAAACAAAAAUUAUAGAAAGCAAGGACUUAUUCUUCAUGAAUAUUUGCUUUACUGGUAAAACCCAAUGCAAUAUGAAACCAGUGGAAUUUUUCAAGACCUAUUCUGUCAAAAGGGUCUUUGUCAGAACUACUUCAACAAUGCAAUUAUAGCUAGAGUGUUUUCAAGGGCUAUAGCCUUGAUUUACAGCAAAAUUGGAAAAUACCUCUGAAGGAGUGUUGCCCUCUUUUGAAGAAUGAGACAAGAACUUCCAGAAUUGGUGACAGAAGCAAUGCUUCAAAUGGAGACCCUAAAAGGAGGAGUCAUUCCACUCAGACUUUAUUUUACUUAAGAAGCAAUGAAUCAUUUUGCCCAAACAGUUCUCAGAAGCCACAAGAAUGAGGAUAAUGCCUGCUUACUUACCUAAGAGAUUUCUUUCUUCUUUUCUCUGCCUUUUACAUGCACAAAUCCCAUAUCUACAUAGAAGGAAGAUGAGACUUAUGGAAAACUUGGAGUGUGAAUCUAGAGAUAAAAGGGGCCUAGAAACAGCCAGGCUAGCUAACAUGAAGACCUAGCAACUACUAGUAGACCCAACAAGGCUUUCAGAUAUUCUUUCCAAAAAGACAGCAAAGCCAAGUGCUAAUUUUGGAAGAAAAAUAAUUUUUGGUUUCAGAUAGAUUUUUUAACAUCUUCCUUUUAUUAUGUUACCUUGACUGAUCUGAUCAUAUAAAGUCUGUUCUGAUCUGAUCAUAUAAAGUCUGUUCUCCUGGGAAAUUGUAAGUAGACACUGUUCUUGACAUGAACAAAAAAAAAAUGGCAAUACAAAAUAAAAAAAAAAAUCAGACCUGCAUGCUCAUUAAAAUAUGCAGUAUAUGUUGGGCAAUCCUUUACUAGUUAUGUUUUCUAAUAUUGCUAUUGCAACAACAGCUUGUGUUCUUACUACAAAAGCUGGAUCAGAACAAUCAGAUGCAACUAAUUUCUGAAAACAAUAGAUAUGUCUUUGCUUGAAGAACUCGGAUUUCUUUUUUUGUUUGUUUUCUCACAGUGGAUAGGACCUUUUGUCAACAGUCUUAUUGCCCACAGAUCAUUUCAAAGAGAACUGGAGUAACAGCUGAGGUGCAGAAAAUGUUGCUAUUCUGGCUUCUUUUCCUCAGAUCAGGCUUUUAAAAUAGAUGCUAAACCUGAAAAGUAUAUUCUAUACAGCAUAAGCAGAUGUCACUCUACAAAAUAAAAAUUAAUCAAAAUAAUAAAAAAUAUCCCUUUUCUGUCCAAAAAGAAUCUAAGUUUCAGAAUUCUCACUGUAAAUGCCCUAUUCUCUUCUCAGCAGUUCCCAAUUUCUGUUCUUCUUAAGCCAUCAUAGGAAAUAUAAUUCACCAGAAAAGCUGUAGUUAGAUUUCCAGCCAAAAAAUGCAACCCCUUUUACCAUAGCAUCCAAACAAUGGUAAAAAUGUUUUCUGACAACAUGAGACAACCAGUUCUACCUGCUUCUUAAUGCAAAGAAGAGCAAGCUUGUUUAUUCUGUAUUACCUUAAUGUCCUAUAAUGGACACCAGAAGAAAGUCUUCCCAGGUCUGGCAGCCCUCGCAGGAAAGUUAGUGCCAGCUCUUUAAGUUAUUCAUCUCAAAGCCACGCUGAUCAUCACACCUCCCUUCCUAAGAA